AUGAGAGAGAGGGAGAGUGUUCAGCACACUAUCAGUAAACUUAAACUUAUACUCGAGGACCCAGCGGAACUAUCGGAGCGUAAAUCGGAAGCUUGGAUUGAGUUGACCAACUUGAGGUUAACUCAGCCCGACGCUUUCAAGGACCUGACAACAAAUCUCUAUAUCACCAAUCUAGCACCUUCCGUUACAGAGGACGUGUUGCGCACCGUAUUCAGCAAACACGGCAGGGUAACAAGUGUUAAGAUCAUGACCUAUCCGACGCACAGGACAGGUUUUGUAGCAUAUAUGACAACAACUGAGGCGGAAAGGGCGAAAAAUUAUUUGAACGGCUUCGUCAUUGAUGGAUCCGCUCUCUCCAUUGUUUGGGCUCGUCACGCUCCUGCGAUUCCGGCGCCCAAUUUCGUACCCCCUCCGUCCAUUCUGAAUGGCCUAACGCCUGGUGGUACAGCCGGCCCCACUGUUGCAAAUUUAGACUCGUUUGGAAUGCACACUAUGACGGAAACGCCGACAGGCCCGGCUGCCGCUUGUGUGACUCCACCCUGUUUAAUUAUUCCGGCUCCACCAUGCGCCGGUACUACAAGCCUCGGCGCCGACGUUGUCAUUGUGCGGCCUCCUUCAGAUCCCACGGUUGCCAGCUUAAUCGAUAGAUUUGCAAAAGUUGUAGCGCAGCAUGGAUCAGCCGUGGAGCAGGCAGCGCUUGUCAAGGAGCAAGCAACACUUGUCAAGGAGCAAGCAACACUUGUCAAGGAGCAAGCAACACUUGUCAAGGAACAAGCAGUGCUUACUACGCCGCAUUCGAAAGAAGAGACAUUAGUAGAGAGCAAUGAGAGUUAUCCGUGGAUACACCCAGAGGAUAUCAAUCACUACUACUAUCUUUGUCGAGUUGUUUGUGAAUGCUACUGGCAGCGGAAUUUGCCGCCGCCUGGCUACAUUAAGUUAGGUAAGGUGUUGUUUCGUUACGAGCACCCUAGUCAGCCCCUGGUGAGUAUGGGUUACGAUGCGAAACUUCGUCAAGAAUAUAACCGAUUGGAUGACGAAGCUGUCCUGACGAAGACUCUAGAUUGCGUCGGGGACCCGUUUGCGGAUGGCGUCGGUGCAUUGGUUGCGAAGUUCAGUUGGGUUCUGAAGAACAUUGAUCGAACAAACGAUUCGGUUAAGUUGCUGACAGCAAUUGCGAUUCGCCUGAAUGCCCCCUUUGUAGUGCACGCAAUCGUGCAUUGGGUCUUGCAAUCGGAAGUUGACCAGAAGGUUGCUUGCAUAUACGUGUUGAAUGAUCUGUUGUGCAAUGUUGCUAGCGACACUAGUCGUCAGUGGAACUUUAAGGUAACCAUUUUGCAAAGACUCCCUGAGGUCUUUGCGCAUCUGGGCUCUUAUAGUGACGAGACGGUGGGCACUAAGAUUUCUACUGUUUUGUCUGUAUGGCGGGCUUGCUCGCUCUUAAACAAGACCUACUUGGAUGGUUUAGAGUCCCUCUUCUACCCGAAAUUAUUUUCUUCUUUGAGAAAUCAAGUCCCCUGGACGGGCUCGACAGCUGCAACAGAUGAGUUGGAGAGACGAGACGUGGACGGAAUUCCUCUGGUGGAUGAAGACCUGAGACUAAACUUAAAAGCCUUGCCGUACUGGGCACGUCGUGAAUUUUAUGAUUGGUAUCGGGUGCGCGAUGACCUCUGGGCAUUGAGAUCAAUAUGCGACGCAAAUGGGGUGAAUUGGGGACUGCGGGAUACUUCCCCUGUGCUCCUGCGUCGCUUGCUGGAUAAACACAUAUACUGUUGCAGCCGACUGGAUGAGUCGGGAAAAAUCGACGAGGUGGGAAGCCUGCCUUGGGGGCCCAACAUGAAAGGCAUUAACCCCGCUGUCGUGCUGGCCCGCCGCACUCUGGGCGUCCACAAACCCGUCCACACCCAGCCGGCCGUCAAGACGGAAGGAAUAAAGGAUGACGCACCGAAGGGGUACAAAACGAACGUGAGCACGGACACAGUUAGCGUUGCGGCCGUGCUGCUCGGCCAGACUCCGGUCCUGAGGCCGACGAUCAGUCUAGAAAUGAGAAGGGAAAUGACACCGCUCCAGCAGCAUUUCUCAAGUCGUUCUUUGUGUCAACCACGGAGCAAUUCCUUUCGCACAGGUGUCGACUCCGCCAGUCCGGCGAUAAUGAAGUCGGGCGACUACGCGGGGACGGUCAGUGGCGUGUCCGGGGACGCCGCAGUGCAUACGUUUGUAGAACAAGAAAAGUCGCCCGUCGGGCUCACUCCGGCACCGAAUGAUUCGCGUGUUACGGUAGAAGGUCGUGACGGGCUUUCGGGCAGCGUUGCGGACCAGCCACCGAUAACAGACGACUCCGUACGGAACCCUCUCGUCACAUCUAGUGGUGGCUUGGAGGAUGUGGACGGCGUGGUAUCCGACCAGUGUGUCUUGGACAUGGACUUGGGUAGCAGCCCUGUGGACCGCCUCGCUAAUGCUAUAUUGCGCGAGUACAAAGCAGUGCAAUCGUCAGAGGGGCAGCCUGCAGGGUCGGUGACACCCGACGACGACGGUGAUAUGUUCAGUAUCGGUGAAGACAACCCGAGCGAAGCUGAGCCGAAGCAGUCUGCGACCAAGGUUAGCGACCAAAUCGGCGUGCUUGUGGAAAAACGGGUUGUUGCCCGACUGAAGGAGCUGCGCGCUGAAGCUGCGAUGUCUGAAGAUGAUAUCAUGACCGCCACGGAUGAAUUCCGAAUAGCCUUGCAAAGUGUACGUAAGAGCGAGACACACUCUACUUCUUUCUUUGCAGAGAGUUAUGGAUAA